AUGAAUCUGUGUUUGUAUGGAGGACCCAAACGCAGAGACCUUAACCAAGGAGACAUCAGUGUCUCAGAGGGAGCCGUCGACUGCGGCUCAGGAACAGGUUCAGACGAGGCCGGGGCUGCCCACUGCGGCCCAGGAACAGGUUCAGACGAGGCCGGGGCCGCCGACUGCGGCUCAGGAACAGGUUCAGACGAGGCCGGGGCCGCCCACUGCGGCUCAGGAACAGGUUCAGACGAGGCCGGGGCCGCCCACUGCGGCUCAGGAACAGCCUCCGAAGGGUCCACCCACUGCGGCACAGGAACCACCAUGGAGGGUGCCUUGGAGGCUUGGAGCCCCCGCCGAGGGGCUCUUGGAGCUGAUGGCGAACAAACCAACAUUUCAUCUUGUGACCUUUUUUUCCAGAAUGAAGUAAAUUCAGAGACACAUAAUUUGAACUACAUCGAUGAUACAUUUGUUCAUGCAAAAAAUCUUCUGAAAGACAUAACAACUCAACGCAGGGAUUGCCUUCAAGAGCUCAGUCUAAGUGAACCAUUUAUUAAGUGGUUGAAAAAGGAACUUGAAGAUAUUAAUGAAUUGAAAGUUUUUGUUGAUCUGGCAUCUAUUUCUGCUGGAGAAAAUGAUCAAGAUGUGGAUCAGGUGGCAUUUUUUCAUGAUGCGGUGCUUGGUUAUUCAUCGUUGCUUUAUGGGUUGAAGAAAGACUCCAACUUUGAAAAUCUUAUGGAUUCACUGCCAGCACUGUGGAAAGCUCUUGAAAAUGACAGUGACUUGACAAAGAAGCUGCCUACUUUGGAGACUUCCCUGAAACUUCAGAUUCAAGAUAGAGAAGGACGAAGUUUGACAUAUAACUAUGAGGAUCUGAAAGAGCUUCAAAACAAGCUCAUGCUUAUGUCUGGGAAAAAACAACAAAAUCAAAAGGAAGUGGAACGAUUCACUGAGGUUUUUGAAAAUGUCCAGAGACUUGCCACAGCAUUUGUAGAUCUUCAUGCUGCAGGGAAUCCACUCUUCCGAUGCUGGGAAGCAAAGAUCUUUUGCAAAAGUCAAAGUGACCAAUGUAUCUACAUGGAAAUCAACUUUUGCAAGACAUUUACUAUUGAAAUAAAUGGAAGCGUGACUGACCAACUUGAAGCACUAUCCAGGAAGAUGGAGCUGUUUAUUUGUGAUUGGAAAAACUUUGUGAACAAAGUUAGAUCUGAUCACUUUCAUUUAAACUUCUUUACAGCAGAGCAAAUAUUCCAUCUAUGCAGUGUCCUGAGUCCUCCAAAUGUUAAUACAGAAUUAGAUGAGCAAGCACUGAUGAUGCUUUCUUUCAUCAAACUGAACUGCUCAAGUUCAGAUGUCUGGAGUACAUGGCACAGACUCUCCAACCAAUUUGAGUGUAAAAAAAUACAUAAUGAAAAAGAUGACCAAUCUACAGUCUUCUUUAGCCGUUUAACACAUGAAGACUCAGUAGAAAAUACAGACCAGACUGCUGGUCUAACAGAAUUGGAAGAUUUGUGGAGAAAAUUCAUCAUAAAUGAGGAAAUGUUUUUCAAUGACCUUUUGGACAUGCGUAGUUUGGGGCAUUUAUUUACAAUGAUGGCUAGUUCAGAAAACAAAGAUCAAAAUGAAUUGGAACAGCCAGUGCUAUCUGAAAAAGAUAAAACUCUAAGAAGAAGUCUCCCAAAAGGGCUCAUCCCAAAACAACCAAAUCUCCUAAUCUGCCCACAUGACCAGGCUCUGACUUCAAGCAUCUGCUUGUACAUGAACAGUGAAUAUGAGCCACUACCAAGUUAUGAUGAAGUGCUCUUGUGUACCCCAACAACAUCCUGUGAACAGGUAGAGCUAUUCCUGAGGAGAUGUCUCACACCAGGUGAUGUUGACCGGAAGAUUUACACAAUGAUUUGGGCAGACCAACUAACAUAUGAUGUCAGCUGCGCAAUGGAGAACUUUUUUCAGAAACUGAGCAGUCAAUUUAGCCAUCAUGAUUACAAGCUUGUGAUAUAUUGUAGCUCUGAGAGAGAACACACCUAUAUUCCAACUGCUUUUGGUCAGUUUAAAAGAGACUAUGUACCUAUAGAGCCAUUGGAAAAUAUUCAAAAGUAUUUGUCCAGGCAUUUGUCAUCCCCCUCAGAGCUAAAGGAAGCUAUGUUUAAAGGUGGCUAUACUGUUGGCAUUGUCUCAUCAAAUCGUGCGGGUGUUGGCAAGUCCCUGUAUAUUCAAAGGAUGUAUGAAAAUCUGGAAAGAAAUGUUGAACAGGGAACAGCUUAUAAAAAGUGCAUUCGCCUCACCGAAAAGGAAAUCGAUUACCAUCAAGUUCUCAAGUCUUUGUACGACACUCCAAAGCAAAAAGAUAUUAAGGUUUUUCACCUUGAUGUAACAUCUUCGGUACAAAAAGGCCUAGACGAAUUAAUUUUCAAGUUGUUCUUUUUACGGUACCUGAUAGAUUCAGAUGGGCAAAUGUGGCACUGUUUUGAUAAACACCUUUUUGUCAUGGAAUUAACAGAAACCACAAAUGAUCAAGUCAGGUGUGGCACAAGAUUGGGUCAAAAGGGAAACUUUGCAUUCCCUGAUGUUUUCCCAAACGUGUUUUGUCGACCUCCCAAAGAGGUCAUGGCUUUGGAAAUGCAGAGGGAGGAAAAUCUUUCCACUGAAAAUGAUGACCCACUUAUGGAUGAUGAGUGUUUCCAGAAUGAAGCUUUUCAGAGACCAUACCAGUACCUCAAACGUUUUCACAAUAAUGAGAAUCUUGACAAGUUCUCUUACAACGGUAUUGAAGGAACUCAUUCGAAUUGUCUUCAAAUAUUCUUAUUCUACUGUGGUGUACUGGAUCCAUCAUGGGCAGAGCUUCGCAAUUUUGUUUGGUUUCUUAAUCUUCAGUUGCAAGACUGUGAAAAUUCAGUGUUCUGUAAUGCUGAGUUUGUUGGAGACACCCUUCAAGGGUUCAAAAACUUUGUAAUUGAGUUUAUGAUCUUAAUGUCCAAAGACUUUGCAACCCCAUCCUUAUGCAUCUCUGAUGAGAGCCUUGGAAGAAAACAAGCUGACUUAACAGGAGUAAAUGAAAAAGACUUAGCUCCAUUCCUUAUUCGGAAAAGAUGGGAAUCUGAACCUCAUCCAUACAUCCUUUUUAAUGAUGAUCACACAUCCAUGACCUUCAUAGGCUUUCAUUUGAAGAGCAAUGGCCAAAAAGGACUUAAUGCCAUAAAUCCCUCGACAGGAAAAGUAAUUAAAGAAAACAUCAUGACUCAAAAUCUUUACAGGGGGCUAAAACAUCAAAGAGUCCCCUUUAACGUAGAUUUUGAUCAGCUCCCUAGAGCUGACAAGAUUGAACAUCUGUGCCGUGUUCUUGGAAUCAAAUGUCCAACAGAUCCUGAUGAAACCUAUGAACUGACAACAGACAACAUCCUCAAAAUGAUGGCAAUUCACAUGCGAUUUAGGUGUGGUAUCCCAGUCAUAAUAAUGGGUGAGACCGGAUGUGGAAAGACAAGACUUAUAAAGUUUAUGUGUGAACUGCAAAGGUGUGGCGCUCCAGCAGAGAACAUGAAACUCGUCAAGGUUCAUGGAGGAACAACAUGUAAAAUGAUUUAUGAUAAAGUGGUUGAAGCAGAAGGUCUAGCAAAGUCAAACAAAGAAAAUCAUAAAUUCAACUCUGUUCUUUUCUUUGACGAAGCAAACACAACAGAAGCCAUCACCAGCAUCAAAGAGAUUAUCUGUGAUCACUCCGUUCAAGGAAAAAGCCUAGAAACUCAAACAGGGCUGCAGAUUAUUGCUGCAUGCAACCCAUACAAAAAACAUACAGCUGAAAUGAUUGAAAGGCUAGAGGCCUCUGGAUUGGGCUACAGGGUCCAUGCUCAGGAAACACAAGAAAAACUGGGCUCCAUUCCUCUUCGCCAGCUUGUGUAUCGUGUCCAUGUGUUACCACCUAGCUUGAUUCCACUUGUUUGGGAUUUUGGGCAACUCAGUGAUUUAGCUGAAAAAAUGUAUAUCAAACAAAUUGUUCAAAGGCAGGCAGAAGCCAACUUGAUUGAGGAACGGCACAUUCCAAUGAUAUCUAAUGUGUGCUCAUUAUCACAACAGUUCAUGAGGGAGAAGAACGAUGAAUGUAGUUUUGUCAGUCUGAGAGAUGUUGAACGUUGCAUGCAAGUUUUUGUGUGGUUCCACAAGAAUCACUCUAUGUUUAAAAAUCAUCUUACGUCACUGCAACAAAAAAAUAAAAUGAGAGAAAUACCACAUUUUUCCCCUGCUAGUGACAGAGUUGUCUGGUCACUCUUGAUGGCAACCGGAGUAUGCUAUCAGUCUUGCCUCGAGAGUAAAGGACAGUAUCAGAAAGCUAUUAGUGAACUACUUACAAGAGAGUACAAACCACAAAGAAUACAGCAGGAAAUUCAUCUCAUGCAAGAACUUCUACUAAGUGGGGUACCCCUGGGUAAGACAAUAGCCAGAAAUGAAGCUUUGAGAGAGAACUUCUUUAUGAUGGUAAUUUGCAUUGAGCUAAGAAUUCCCUUGUUUAUUGUUGGGAAACCAGGGAGCUCUAAAUCCCUGUCUAAAACCCUGAUUGCAGAUGCUAUGCAAGGCCCUACAGCACACUCUGACCUGUUUAAGAGACUUAAGCAGAUACAUCUAGUGUCUUUCCAGUGCAGUCCCCAUUCAACUCCUGAAGGAAUCAUUCGCACAUUCAAACAGUGCGCCCGGUUUCAAGAGAGCAAAAAUCUGGAUGAAUACACCUCAGUAGUUGUUCUUGAUGAAAUAGGGUUAGCUGAGGAUUCCCCGAAAAUGCCAUUGAAAACACUGCAUCCAUUACUAGAAGAGGGAUGUGUUGAUGAAAAGCCACAGCCUCAUCAGAGGGUUGGUUUCAUUGGAAUUUCCAACUGGGCACUGGAUCCUGCCAAAAUGAAUCGUGGGAUCUUUGUUUCCCGGGGAGAUUUAAGUGAGAAAGAACUUAUUAAAAGUGCUGAAGGAAUCUGUGCAUCUGAAAAAAACAUUCUUCAGAAGAUAAAACAUCUUUUUGAACCAUUUGCAAAAGCAUAUGAGAUAGCACGCAAAGAGGGCAAAGGCUUCUUUGGUCUAAGGGACUUUUACAGUUUGAUAAAAAUGAUAUUUUUAAUCACUAAAAUCUCAAAUGAGAGCCCAACUACUGAUGAAAUCGCUGGAGCAGUUCUAAGAAACUUUAGUGGAAAAGAUGAUGUUAAAGUGAUUGACAUUUUCUCAAACGUAUUCUGUCUGGACCUUUCCAAUACCAACACCAGCACCACCGAAAUGAUAAAACAAAGUGUUCUCCCAUCUUGCAAAAUGGAGGAAAAUCGAUACUUGUUAAUCCUAACCAAGAACUAUGCAGCACUUCAGAUUCUGCAACAAAUAUUCUCUUCUCAUCAUAUCCAUCCAGAGAUCAUUUUUGGAUCCAGCUUCUCAAAGGACCAGGAGUACAUGCAGAUUUGUAGGAACAUCAAUCGUAUCAAAAUUUGCAUGGAGACAGGACAGACAGUUGUGCUCCUGAACUUACAGAAUCUGUAUGAAAGCCUGUAUGAUGCACUCAACCAAUACUAUGUGACUCUAGGGGGUCAGAAGUAUGUUGAUCUUGGAUUAGGAACACAUCGCGUGAAAUGCAGAGUUCAUCCAAAUUUCAGGCUCAUUGUCAUUGAAGAAAAAGAAGUGGUGUAUGAGCAGUUUCCAAUCCCACUUAUCAACAGGUUGGAGAAGCACUGCCUAGACAUCAACACUGUCCUCAAAUUGGGACAGCGGAACAUUGCUAAUGAAUUAUGGAACUGGGUUAAGAAUUUCAUCGCAGUAGAACAUGAGUUCUCCACAAGUAAGGACUAUUCUCCAGGAGAUGUUUUCAUUGGCUACCACUCAGACACCUGUGCCUCUGUGGUCCUUCAAGUGACCAAGGAUGAAAGUGAUGGAACAGAUGUUCAAGACACUUUGAACAAAGCCAAAACUGUUAUGCUCAACUGUGCAACUCCAGACUCAGUAGUUCGUUUGGACAAAUCUCAUCUCUCUGAUGAUGAAAGAGAACUUUGGAUAAAGGAGUAUGCCAAAGAGGAUAGGCACAGAUCUCUUGGAGACUACAUUGCAUAUCACAUAAAAGAGUUUGAGCAAUCACAAGUGUCAUUCACUGAGGUGACAACCUUUUCCCGACUUCUUACAGCAGCCAAUGCUGAACAACUGCAGAAUGAGAUAAAAUGUCGUGCUGUUAAGCUGCUAUCUCUCCUCCAGUUUGACACAGAGUACUCUUUCCUUAAAGCAAUAAGGGGAUUUAUUGGCUCAACACACUUGGACAAAGUGCUUAUUGUCCAAAACGAGUUUGAGGAUGACCUUCAAAAAAGAAAUAUUGUCUCAUCAGCCAAGUACUCCUGUGUCAAUGAGAUAUACAAGUGCCUCACUAAAGAUGAUGCAAAGACAUGUGUGUUCUUUGUGACAAAACUUCCUCGAAUGGAAGGAGGGACUUCCUAUAUAGGAUUUCAAGGCGAUCCCUGGAGGUCUAUUCAUAUUGAUGAUCUCAGAAGAUCAAGGGAGUUUGUUUCUGAUGUUCAUUCCUUGAAAAAGAUGCAUAUUAGUGAUCUAUUUAAAGAUCCACCCAAGGCCAUGAAAACUGAAGAUCAACUUGAAAAGCCUCAAAAUGAAAACUUUUCUGUUUUGGGAGGUAUUUUUGAUACAACAGAUCUGGUGAGGAGCUGUGUCCAGCCUGCUGUAGGCAUGCUUCAGGAUGUUGCUGACAGUGGGGAACUCAGCACAGCGAGAAUUGAGAACCUGCUUACUCUGCUGGAGGAAAUUCAGUCCAUCUUCUUAGAGCGAGGUAGGAUCCAGCCGAUGGACUGCGAACAAGAUGUGGCUAGGCUAAUGGUACAAAGCCACAUCAUUGGUGGGAACACCAUGCGCUGUAAGAUGCCCUUCAGCUGGUGCAUCAAAGAAUUCCUGGAAGAGCUUAUGAUGCAGACAUUUAGACACAGAGGUCAUGUAUUUCUGCAUUACCAUCAGGUGUUCUUGAAAACAUCAUUUGGCAGGUACAUGGCUGAAAAUGAAAGACUGGAGAAAGAGCUUUUUGACAAGUACCUGCAGGACUUUGUGUCCAUGACUACAAAAGUGGCAGCAGAUGAUGAACUGGAGCUCUUAUGCCAAGCGCUGGCCAGCUGCAUUGAUGAAAUAAUGAGACAAAAUGGAAAUGCAGAAAGGCCUACGCUCCUCCACAUUCACUUUGCCUUCCAUAUAUAUCGAACCCGCAUUCAGAACCUCUCACGGAUAAUUUCUCUUCAACCUGAAAUUAUUUUACCCUUACGAAGAAACCAGCACAACAGAAACUGCCCUGAAAUGGUUUUGGAUGUACGUGCAGCAAAGGCAUGUGUUGAGUUCCUGGAAUCCCAAGACCCCUGCCCAAACUGGAUGAGGCAGGUGAAGAGGCUUCAAGUGCCUAUGGAGUUGAUUUUCUCUCAAAAUAGCCUCCGUUUGUAUGGGGAUCGAUGCAAAGAAGAACUUGGUUCUGUAAGAAACAGCUGGAAACAUAUCCACAUUCUUGCACUCUUUGUGGAACACAUGGUUCUGGGAUUUAAAAGUGAAGACCUUCAACUCAGUCAUCUGGUAAUUGAACACAUGCAAAAAUUAAGCAAGGUUCUGGAUAAAAACUCAGAUGUUAAGUCCACUAAGCCUUUUAAGGCUGUGAUUGAAAUCCUGAAGUCCUGCAGGCAAGCAGCAGCUGAUCAGCUUUUUAGGUUUGGACCUAACUGUCAGAUAUGCAUGAGAGAGCCAGAUGAGCCCGUGACUUUGCCAUGUCAUCACAUAUUUUGUUUGAGAUGCAUGAAAGGAAGUCAAGAUGAUGGACAGAAAUCCUGUCCCACCUGCAGGUAAGACUCACCAAAUGGCAUUCAGCUUGUUGUUUCAGAAGACAUGCGGCGAUCUUUCAAAAAAAAUGAAGAUUUCAGACAACGGUGCAAUGGUUUCUUCAUUGAUCUACUUUCUACUAUGUGCUUCCAAGACAACAAACCACCAAGCAAAGAAGUAAUAACACAUCUGUUGUCCUUCCUGAGGAUUGAGACAGAAAAUAAACAGGUCCAGACCAAACACUUGUCACCUUUUGAUGAGUCACCUGAUAAAAACCCUGUGGUGCGAUCUGUAAUCCUGAAACUACUGCUGAAAUUCAGCUUUAAUGAAGUCCAGGAAUAUUUGCAGCAGCAUUUAUCAACAGUUGAAGACAGCAGAUUUGUGGAUGAUGACGAUAAAUCAGAACUUUAUACCUUAUAUAUCAACUGUUUAGAGGAUGCUAUGUGGGAGAAGAUGUCUCUUGGAAACAACAACACUGAAGAAAUACAAUUUUACAGAAGGGAAACAAAAUUUCUCUGCUCUUGUGUGAGGGAAGUAACUUCCAUUUCAAGUACAGUGUCUAUUCAACAGCUGCAAUACAUUGCCCAGUUGCGCCUGAUACUAACAAUGGCUGCCCAGCUAAUCAGCAACAAACUUUCUGACAAAAUUGUCCCAAGUGAAGCAAGUGACUUUCUAAACACAGUGGAAAAAUUCUGUGUGGAAAGUGACAAUGAUUGGUACCGUGUUUACUUGAUUCGUAAGAUCAGCGAAUUGCAGGGUGUGGAAUGUGUUCAGUCUUUGGUUAAACAAGAUGUAUUUAUUUGGCUUUUUCCAGAGGAGAUCAAGAACCAGAGUACAGAUGGGGGCCUGAUCGACCAUUUUCUGGUAUAUGGUGAGGAAUAUAAAACAGUUAGGGAAGCAGUUGUAAAGGCUUUAAUGGAUGGGGAAGUUGAGCGGAUAGAAGAAGUAUUGGAGCAAUGUGAAUCAUCAAAAAUAAAUCGAACAGUGUUUAUCCUUUUGGCUCUUUUCCGUGAGGUUACAACUCUGUACAGAUCACCAAAUACGAAUCUUCACCCCACAACUGAGAAUAUUCAAGCAUUUGAUGAAUUUAUCCAGAGAUCAACCUUUUUGUUUAACAAAGAAAUUAGGGACUUUGCAUCCGCCUUGGUCAACAACACAUUGGGAACACUUUCCAUCCAAUCAGGCCACACUCUUGCAGAUAAUAUUGUAUAUGAGCUGGUCAUCCACCUGGCUGUUAUUCUGCUCACCACAAAACAUGUGUGGCUUUCACCUCUAAAGCAGCUUGGUUUUUUUCCUGAUAAAAUGCAGGGUGCUUUUAUACCUACAAUGCCUGAUGAUAUGAUGGCUGUGGUUCAAGCAGCAAUAAAACAACAGAAGGCUUGCCUCACCUGGUAUGUGUGUCGUAACAAUCAUCCAUGCUUUGUUGAUCAGUGUGGCUUACCUAUGGAGAGAGGAAAAUGUCUGGAGUGUGGCGAGGAGGUUGGAGGGGAAGAACAUAAAGCCUUGGGAGGAUUCACAAAAGUUCCAUCACAACAGGAUCGCACAAGACCUGGCCAUGUCCUUGGAGAACCUGCAAGGAGAGACAACCCAGAUGCUCUUGACACCAAGAACCUGUCUCUGACACCAUUUACACUGGUCCGGCUGGUUACACAUUUGUCCAUGUUGCUUGGCACCUCGAAGAACUGUGAGUCUGUCAAGAACAUCAUCCACCCACCUGUGGAAGAUGUUUCCUUAUUUCUGAGUCAACAUAUAAUAAAGGAUCUCGAUCAGUUGACUCAAGCACUGGCAAAAGGAGCGGAUGAUGCUGUUACCACUGCCCACCUAAUUCUCAAAUCCCUUCAAGAACCCACACAAACCAAUCAAUAUAACAUUGACGCUAACCUGUCCACAAAAGAAUCCCGAAACAGCUGGGAAACGGCUGUGGCCACGGACAUUAUGACUCCUAAACUGAAGAUUAUUGAUCAACCCCUGCAAGCAGCAAAGGACCAUAUCACAAAUGACUCCCGUGUAUCUUCCAACUUUAUCCUGAAAACCACUCUUGGAGAUGACUGUACAUUUCUCACAUCCCUGCAGCAGACAUCCAAGGUCCACAGUUCAGCAGUGUGGAGCUGUAGGGAGAGGCUGUCAUUGCUCAGCCUUACACACAUCAUAGAGUACAAUGAACAAAAAGAUGAACUGCCGUUGCUUUGGAAGUUCCUGCAGAAGGAGAAAGAAUAUCGUCAGAUGAAGUUCCUACCAGAUAUAGUAAUGUUGCAGAACCGUUUGGUGAAAAUGUACCAGAAUUCCCCUGAACAGAUUGUGGGUUCGAUUUCCGAAUUUCUCAUAAAUCAAAAAGGUUCAGCGAUAGGGGCGUGGUAUGAGAAACACAUUCAAAUAUUUCUGAAAACCUGGAAUUUGCUAAGAGUGAAUGUAACAACCAAUGAGCUGAAAAUCCCAGAGGAAUAUUGUAGUAAUGAUUUGGACAUGAACAGCAAGCUGCAGUACCUGCUACCUCGGCGACAGGGUCCAGGACUAUGUGCCACAGGGCUAGUUAGCUACCUGGUGACACUGCAGAAUGAGCUGGUGAAUGCUGUGGAACGCCACACUGGAGAUGACAGCAGUUACACGGUUGCUUUGGAUGACCUCAUGGAGCAGCAUGUGAUCUGCUAUGAUGUGGAGAAGGACCUGCUUCCUCUGGUUUUGUCAAAUUGUCAGUACAGUUUGGAGCGUGGCCGUGAGACAUUAUCAGAAUAUGAUUUGCCACGCAUUCAGCAACAGAUCCUCACACGAUUUUUACAAGGGAAACCUCUUAUCACCCGCACUGGAAUUCCCACUCUGAUUAACACCCAAGAGAAAGACUAUGAAUCUGUUUUCAAAAUGAUCAAAGGAAAAGUCCACCAGGUUUCACUUCCCACGCUGACCCGGAACAGCGUGUCCAGAGAACUUGACUCCUACAGCGAGGUGUGUGAAGCAUUUAAGAUUGUUGACCUGCUUCUUGGAUUUCUUUCAAUGACUGAUGGUGAUCCCAGUAUGUCACUGGUGAGUUACCUCCAGGACAUAUUGAAGAUGGGCCAGAACAUUGAACAUAUAGAGAAGGCUCUGAAAAAAUGUAAGCUUCAACAUUGCGUCUCUUUGUGGCAACUUCUCUCCUCCCUUAAAUCGGAAAAUAUGCUGCAGCUUAAAAGGGAUCCAUUUUCCGGAUAUGAAGCCGAGUAUCAGGACCCACUGUCUGAACAGAACAAGAUGGAGCUAAAAUGCUUCAUGUCUCGUUCCAACACUAACCAAUGGCUGCUGGAGAUGCAUGAGUUUAUCCAGCUGAAUCUCGGGCGCUCACAUGCCACACAUCGCUACAAGCCCUCCUGGGGGGUAAAAGAGGCAAUGCAACUCUACAUGGAUCAGAAAGAAGUGGAGGUUCCGGAAUAUUUUGAGGAAAACUUCCCUGAGAAUCUACUGCUUUCACAGAUUCUGCAUGCAUGGAAGUAUGUGGCCACAUCCAAUCAAGAGUGGAUGAACGAGGGAUGA